CACCAGUUAGUAGAUUACGCGGCCGGGCGGGCCGGCCGAUCGGUUCUUCGACCUCGCCGCCCCGUCGCAACCCGCCGCCCAAAAUCCACGCCGAAGAAAUCAGAGCGCCUUUUCCUCUCUCGCGUGACGCUCGAUGGCGUCGAGCUCGGGCGUCGGCGGCGGAGGGGCGGACGGGGGCGUCGGGGAGGGGCCGACGACACUGGACGAGCUGUACCAAAUCAACGUCGUGCCGGCCGAGCUGCACUUCAAGUUCCGUAAGGAGCUCCGGGGUCUCCGCGUCGGCCUCAACCUCGAGUUCUACAAUCUUGAAGUGAAUGAUUUCGAGGCGAAAGUAGUUCUGAAACCUCUAGAUUUCGACCGGAAGUGGAAGUUCCAAUACAAGCCCAUCAGUGGUGACGUACAGCUGCUCUCCAAGAAGAUACCAGUUACAAAGUAUCUCAACCUUCAGGUUGGCAUUGGUCACAAUUUCCAACUGAAGGCGACUGGAUGGAAAUGGAAGCUUUCUACUUGCUUGGGGGGAGAUGGUAUCUCUCAGAUCAGAAACAAGUCAAAACUCAACUUGUUUCCAGGGUUUGAUUUGAGGGUUGGAUGGAAAGCUGAAUAUGUGCUUCCUGAGAUUCAUGGGGCUGUUGGCACAGGAGAACCUGCCUUCAGUAUGAACUAUGGGCGAUUGCAAGCAUCCAUAGACCGGAUUGAGGCUAUUGUAACCCAGUCGGAUCAGUAUUAAGCCUCCUAGGAUUGGAAUUACAACAGAAUGGUGAUGCUGAUACGGUCCCAAAGCAAGAGUGUUCUUCAAAUGCAAUUAUCUCACCAAUCUUCACUCGUGUAUUUUGAGGCUUUGCGUCUGAUGUACAGAAAUUAGCAGAAUGUUUUUGUAGGCGCAUCCAAGGAGUAUUCUCGAGUUUGUCUAAACCAUUCUGCGGCGCUUCUUGUUUUGGAGAACAUAAUGAAUAAUGUUCUUGCUGCUUGUGUUUGGCACUUAAGACUGCCCACUUCAGAGUUCA